AUUGGCGAUUUUGGUUUAGCGCGUGAAUUUGGGGAACCAUUAAAGUCUUACACUCCAAUUGUUGUUACUCUUUGGUAUAGUUUUAUUCUACUCCCGUUGAUAUGUGGUCUGUUGGGUGUAUUUUUGGUGAGUUCUUGAAGUUGGAGCCUUUAUUUCCUGGAAGGACAGAAAUUGACCAAAUUCAAAGAAUUUUCAGAGACAUAGGAACUCCAAAUGAACAAACAUGGCCAGGAUGUAUGGAAUUGCCAGGAAUGAGGAAUGGAGUUUUUGUUGAUACCCCUUUUAAUCAAUUACAUCGCAAAUUCAGUUCAGCAUUGCCUGAUGAUGAUGGUUAUCAAUUGUUAAUUAAAUUAUUAACUUUGGAUCCAUCUAAAAGGUUAUCGGCUAAGCAAGCACUGAAAAGCAAAUGGUUUCAAAACAAUCCAAAGCCUUUGCCACCCUCUUCCUUCCCAACGUGGCCUGCAAAGAGUGAACACAAUAAAAGACCACCAAAUGAACCUUCGGCACCACGCAAAUCUAUUGGCGGUUUCACUCUUAAAUUCGAUCUUAUUUGA